GUGGCCGUUUUCAAUCUUACUCCUGGUGUUCUAUGUUGUAGUAUCUGACCCAUAAGGUUGGUUUUGAAUUGCUCCUCAGUAGUGUGUUUGUGUGCUUAUCUGUUGAUCUCCUGUAGCAUGGAUGCUUUGUCUAUUGUCUCUCUGUCUUCUCAGCUCAUUUAGCUGCUGCUCCCAGUCUCCUGUGGCCAAGAGCGAGAUAAACCAACCCUCCAGCUUGGCACAUGACCACAGUUUGAUGUGGUGCAGUCAGGAUGACAGAGGAGGUGAUUGUCAUCGCCAAAUUUGACUACAUCGCCCAGCAGGACCAGGAGUUGGACAUCAAGAAGAACGAGCGACUGUGGCUGCUGGAUGACUCGCAGUCCUGGUGGCGAGUUCGCAACGUCACCAACCAGACUGGACUGGUGCCCUCUAACUACGUGGAGAGGAAAAACAGUGCCAGGAAAGCGUCCAUUGUAAAGAACCUGAAAGACUCCCUAGGUAUCGGGAAGGUGAAGCGAAAGCCAGGCAUGAAGGACUCGGCCUCCGCGGACACCGACAUGUUCGGGGACAACGGCGAGCGCUUGUACGAUCUCAGCAUGCCUGCCUUCGUCAAGUUCAGCUACGCGGCCGAGCGGGAGGACGAGCUCUCGCUGGUGAAGGGCACGAGGGUCAUCGUCAUGGAGAAGUGCAGCGACGGCUGGUGGCGUGGCAGCUACAACGGCCGCUCGGGCUGGUUCCCCUCCAACUACGUGACGGAGGAUGUGGACGGGUCGGCGGGCGCGGACCUUGCGGGGUCUCUGCGGGAGAAGCUGGGCUCGGUGGCGCCGGUGGCCAACGGCAGCGGUGCGGCGCUGCACACGGUGCAGACGCUCUACCCAUUCAGCUCCGGCAACGACGAGGAGCUCAACUUCGAGAAGGGCGAGGUCAUGGACGUGGUGGAGAAGCCCGAGAACGACCCGGAGUGGUGGAAGUGCCGCAAGGCGGACGGCCAGGUCGGCCUAGUGCCUAAGAACUAUGUGACGGUCCUGCAGAAUUCCCAUCAUGCACCACUAGACGACGCAGGGCCGCCGGCCACCCCAGACUGUGACUACAUUGGGCCCUCGUUGAGUGGCAGGUUCGCAGGCCGGCACUGGUACUACGGCAAGGUCACGCGGCACCAGGCGGAGGUCGCCCUCAACCAGAGGGGAGAGGAGGGAGACUUCCUCAUUCGGGACAGCGAAUCAUCGCCAAACGACUUUUCCAUUUCCCUGAAAGCACAAGGCAAGAACAAGCAUUUCAAGGUCCAGCUGAAAGAUGUGUUGUACUGUAUCGGCCAGAGGAAGUUCAGUUCCAUGGAGGAGCUGGUGGAACACUACAAAAAGGCUCCUAUUUUCACCAGUGAGCAAGGGGAGAAACUGUACCUAGUGAAGCCCAUGUCCUGAUCCGGUGUGUUGCGUACAGCUCUCGAAUCUCCAAUGUCAGGCUGUAAUGAAUGGGAUCUUUCCGCCGUUUUUGUUGCGACGGGAGAAGCAGAGACUUUCCAUUGGAUUCCCUUUUUCAUAAGCAUCGUUCGUGUUGGUACUGCAACUAUGCUUCUCUUUAUGUAUGUUCAGUUAGCCUUCCCUCAAUCUGAAAUCAACCUGAUCUUUACGUGAAUCUUUUUCCUUUCUUACUUGUAUCUGUGAUUGCUACCACAAACGUCAUUCUCUCCUCAGUCUUAUUGUUUCCUAAUUAUAUUUAAAACUUCAUAAUCAAUCUGAGGAAAUGGUAAACUCUUAGACUGCUUCUUGAUUACACCAGGAAAUGUGAGUGCACUGUAGAGAGUCAAGAUGUGGACUUUUCUUGCAGAUCUCAAAACACCAACUUGCAUAAACUGUGAAUUGUUUCUUCAGGUUAUGUACAGAUUCUGUAAUUCAUUAUAUUUCAACUGCUCUGCAUGUGAACUAUUCACUGGGCGGCAGCAUACCCCAUUGUGGUUGGUGUUCUAAACCAAACUAAAUCUCCGUCAUACAGUCCACACAUCCACAGCUGUUUAGGGAUUUUGAGGAAGUCUGCAUGUACUGUGAGUAUUUCGAAUGGUUCUGCAUUUGUGAUGUGAAGGGUGUACGUUUUUUACCAUGUGCCUCUUCGAGUGGCAAUUGUGCAUAGAAAUGGAUAACAUCUUCAUGUACGUACAGUACAUUCGAAUGACAAAAGAGAGAAACUACUACUCAUCUAAGACUAUGUCAGUCUUGCUUUACAGCCUGUACCGUUGAAUAGGCAGAGUAGCAAGUGAUUGUGUUGUUGGAAAUGGUUGGUCAGUUUUUUAAUCACUGUACAAAUUCCUGUCAUGACAGCACAGGAGAGAACACAGAGGGAAGUGUGAUCUUUUCAGUGGAAGGAAAGGCUAGUUUGAGGAAAUGUAUGCACAUCCCACCUCACCAAGGAAAGGUGCAGGACAAAGGUGUAUCACAGAGAGAUAGAGGUCCGCACACUCCAACUCUGACUUUUGGUGUAUCAAACCAAUUAGGUGAAGACCCUGUUGGGUCAAAAUGUGGUAUGUCUUAAGUAAACCUUUAGUCAGAGUUGCAGUGUGCGGACUCUCUUUGUUUGAGGGUGGAGCCAUGAUAUAAGGAUCAGCUGAGAUGCUGGGGGUCAGUGGUUAUGAAGUCAGUAAAGUCAUACUUUUCGAGAGAGGCGGGUCAUAUGUAAUAUACUCCUAUGUUAUUGUGACUCAGAAAUGUUGCAAAUCCACAAUGAACCAAAGUUCACCGGAUCCUUUUUUGUUUUCUUUUCAUUUUCAAACCGUCAGAAGCUUUAAUUUCCCGUUAUUAUGUCCAGGAUGCUUCAAAGUUAGCAUGUGUUAUGAGGACCACUGUUUCAAUGCUUUGCUCUGUUGGAGUUUGAAAGAAAAUGACACUUGUUGAAUAGACUCUGUUGUAAGGACAAAGACCUAGAUUUUAUAUUUUCUAAAAAUAGACAUUAAAAAGUAAGUGACCUUAACUUAUUUUAGAUGAUUGUAUUAACCAGUUGUGUAAACCAUUUUGUUUUUCUUGUUUUUUUUGUUUUUUUAGAAAAGUUUAUUUUCGUUUAGCACUUUUCACAGACCAUGCUUCUGUUUUACAUUUCACUCAAAGAGUGUAGAAAUCUACAGUCAUUGAUUUUUCCCUCGCCUGUGAUGUCAUAGAAUACAUUGGUAUUUUUGGUCAUCUUAAAAAGCACAUGCUAAUACAUAGCAUUUCAUUUGUCGCAGGUCACAUUCUACCACACGUCAAGUCUUCCUGUACAUUUCACACAGUGUAAACGUGGCCCCUGAGAGUUAAAGGGAUUGUUAAUACUGUGAGCAAAAUUACAUUAUCAUGUGCAUUACCUUUUUUUAAGUGGGGGGGAGACAGGACGAACUUUACAAGCGUUAGCUGUCCAACACAUUUCUUUCAUUGUUUCUGAUAUAAGAAAUUGUAGACUAUCAUAUUGUUGUCGUCAUUUAUGAACGUGGCAUUUUCUAUUGUUAAUAAAGCAACUGAAUGAAAUGA